CCGGAUUACAAGUGAGAACAAGAACAGUCUGUUCCGUCUCGCGAAUCUUUGAUUUCUCGAUUGAAACCCUAGCUUUCUCGAUCCAGUUUCGCUCCGAUUCGGAGGUUGGAGGAGAGGAUGUCUGCCAGACUGGCGACCUGCUUCGGUGUCGCGGACCAGGAGAUGCCGUCGACGGCCGUCGGGCCGAGUUUUAGGACCUCGAUUUACGAGACUCGCCUCGGCCCGGCCGCCCUCACAUGGUCACGCGCCGCCUUUGGUCUCGCCCUUCGGGUCGAAUUUCGCCUCUCUGACGCCGAGGAGGAGGAGCCCCUCGAGUUUUCGUUCCGCCCGUCGUUCUUGUGGAGGCGGAGGGGAUCGCGGCGGUUUCCCAUCGGGGACGGCCGCAGCGUUGUCUUCUCGUGGGAUAUCUCGCAGGCGGUCUUCUCGUCGGGCAGAUCGUCUCGUGCCGAGCCCGAGAGAGGUUUCUUCGUUGCUGCGGUGAUCGAUGGCGAGAUGCUCCUCGUCGCCGGCGACCUCGUUGAGGAGGCAUACAGGAAGACGCGGGCGCGGCGGCCAAAAGCCCCCUUUUUGCAUCCGCUUCUGGCUGCGCGUCAGGAGCAUGCGGUGUUGGAUAGCCCCAGCGGCCGGGGAACUUACUGCACAGUGGCGCGGUGUGGUGGGCGGGAUCGGGAGAUCUCGAUCGAUUUGGGGCCCAAGGAAGGCGGAGAGGAGGCUGGGAUGUCGGUGGCCGUCGAUGGCAAGCGGGUUUUCCACGUGCGUUGCCUCCGGUGGAAGUUCCGAGGGAGUGAGAGGCUGGAGAUCGCCGGCGGCGUACGGAUGCAACUUUCCUGGGACCUCCACGAUUGGCUAUUCCAGGGCGAGGCCUCUGCUGGCCGCAACGCGGCAGCGAGGGUCCGUGCAGUGUUCUUGUUCCAAUUCGAGGAGGAGGGCGACCACGAAUUGGGGAACCGGCUGGCCAAAGAUCUCGUCUUUGACGAGGAUUCAGUUAACGCUAUCCACAAAAUCGCAGCCUUUGAGGAGGAUUCGAGCAAAACCAAGAACUGGAACGGGGUCAGCAGUAACAAUGGCUUUGGCGGUGCGGAGAGAGCCAUAGUGCAGCCAGGGCGGCGUAAGCGUCAGCUUCGUAGGCGUCUGAUGGAGACGAACUCUUGCUCUUCGUCGGCCUCUUCGGCAUCCACGGCGAGCAGUUCGACAGUGAUGGGGUGGUCGAGUCACGAGGAGCUGGAAUUGCAUAGGCCUGAGGGGUUCUCGCUGCUGGUGUACAUCAUGAAGAACUGCUAGGUUUCAUUCAUUUACUGUGCUGCUUCAGGCUCUUCAUUUCUGGUUGACAUGACAAAAAGACAUCCUCUUAGGAGAAAAACCUAUGAAAUUAAAAGAGCAGAGGAGGAAGGAGCAAUCGUAAGCCGGGCAGAAUUAGUGCGCCCACUUCAAUACUCAAGUGAGGAAGGAGCAAUUAGUAAGUAGGGAAGGGUCUUUGGUAUCUAUUCUGACACUUGA